GCCUAAGUGCUCAUAAACAAACAGCAAUUAAUUAUUUCGAUUUCAAGUAGAUUUGCGUUGCGUUUUACAUUAUUAUAGAGAUGCCAAAGUACUGCUGUGUGUUUGGUUGCAACUCAGACUCAGAAAUUAAUCCCGACUUGUCGUUUCACGAAUUUCCAAGUGACAAGAAGCUUUCGAAAGCUUGGGAGAUCAGAAUUCGUCGUGCCGGGUUCGUUCCGAAAAAGUCGUCAUUCGUGUGUGGCAAACAUUUCGAAAGAACUGAUUAUUCUCAGCCAAGGUCUGAUACACCAGCCCAAUUCCGAAGGCUUAGAUUAAAGAGAACUGCGAUCCCAAGCUUGAAUUUAAGGGGAAAUGAGGGUGAUGAACGAGAACCAAAGCGCCAAUCUAGAGCUGCUCAGAAAGCGAGAGGUGAACAUGAAGCCACCGUGGUUACAGGAGAUAUGGCCGGUGAGGGAGAAACAUCCACAGACUUGGCUGAAUAUAGUAGCAUGAGCAGCAGUGUUGAUGUAACGAUGCAAUCAUCCACUGAAGAAUCCGUUUGCAAUCUGGAUCAGAACCUUGCCGGAGUAAAGGGUGAUUUAAAAGAAGCCAUGGCAGAAAUUAAGGAACUCCAGGGCAAAGUUUUUUGUUAUAAAAAUUUGAAUAAUAAAGAUAUACAGAAUUACACAACAUUAACUAAGGUUGCUUUUGAAGAAUUGAGUCAACUUUUGGCUCAUUUCAAACCUUUGAACUAUUGGUAUGGAUUUGAAGUCAAAUCUUUAAGUCACUCUGAUCAACUUCUGGUUUGCCUGAUGAAGCUCAAGCUUGAUGUCCCACUCUUUGAUUUGGCUAAAAGAUUUGGAGUUAGCAGAACAACCAUAACCAAUAUAUUCUAUACAUAUAUUCAUUUACUACACGAGAUUAUCUUUGUAAAAUUGAUGCAAAAUGUUCCAUCCCUUGCCAAGAAUCAGUCAAGUAUGCCUGAUUCUUUUGGUGACUUUUCAAACUGCCGCAUCAUUUUAGACUGUACAGAGUUCCGUUUGUCAGCCCCAAGGAAGGACCUGGAAGCAGCAAAUCUUGUAUACAGUAACUACAAGCAUAACUUGACAGCAAAAUAUCUCAUUGGUGUUGCUCCUAACGGGGCAAUAACCUUUGUGAGUGAGGGAUAUCCCGGAAGCACCAGUGAUAAAGUUGUCACCCAAGAAUCUAAUAUUUUAAGCCAUUUAAAGGCUGGAGAUCUUAUACUGGCAGACAAGGGUUUUCUUCUCCAUGAUAUACUGCCACAAGGAGUAUCUCUCAAUUUGCCUGCUUUUUUAAGUGGCAAAGAAAGAUUCACCAAGGCUGAAGCCAUACUUUCAAGAAAAAUUUCAAGAUCAAGAAUCCAUGUGGAGAGGGCAAUUGAGCGUCUUCGAAAUUUUAAAAUAUUACAGGCUUUGGAGACCAAUCAAAGACAACUUGCUAAUAAAAUUGUUCAAGUUUGUGCAGCCCUUGUUAAUCUGCAGUCACCAGUUAUAAGUGGAAUAUUUAAGUAGUGAGACACUAAUAGCAUAUUGCCUGUUGCCAAAUAUGUAAUUUUUUAUAUACUGCAUAAGAUCAAGGUUUGCCCUCCCCCCCCCCAUUCAUUGAUACAUGAACUGUAUGUCAGACACCCUCCUCUUUUAAUAAGACACUUAUCUGGUCCAAAAUACAUCUUUUGACAUUCAGUGGCAUAGACUAUGAAAACAGUGAAAAGUGAUUUUUUGCAUUCACAUAGUAAAUCAUAGUGUAGCUAGUGAUUAAUAACAAUAAACAACAGACAACAAACUGUUAAUUCAGAACAUAUCAAUUUAAAAAAUUUCAUUUUUUUUGUGCAAAUAAAAUAUGAACCUGUUAUUAAUUUAUUGAUACAUAGGUUGGUAUUCAAUAGAGUGGAUGGGUUGAUAGAUAAAAUUUGCCCAAAGUGAAUAAAAGCUACUCCUCCCUAUAACCUCUUGGUACACCUCUGUUGAAUAUGACAU